CCUGGAUCGAACUUCCAGCUAUUUGUCUGAUCCUCCCGGGAAGUCCAGAGUAGAUCGCCUCUUCAAACGCGACAACGUUGCUCUCGUUGAUCUCUUCCACAUCGGACAUCUGAAUCUAUCGAGUCGUCGAGAUUUUCGGCGAGCAGCCGACGCUGAUUGACGGCCAAGAUUCUAAAGGCUUACAGACAGAAGAGCUCCUGAUCAACAUGCCAAUAGAAAUCGAACUGUUCCCACUCGGUACCCGUGCCAAUGAGAUCAUUAGGGCCAAGAUCGCGUCAGGAGAUAUCCUUCUCGUCAAGUGGAGUACUUUGCUGCUCAGUCCGGUCCUUAGAGAUGCCUUUCACAUGCAAUCUUUGGCUGACAAAUCGCUGACCGAUGCUCAAACCACUGGGCUGGACAAACCUACAUCUGAUUUUCAACCCGACAUCCACGGCAGUCUCGGUGCUGUUACUUGGUUCUUUGGGGCUCUGGAAGGUCUCGAGCUCAGUCGACUGACCGACACGGAUCACGAUGACUGGUCCACGGUGGCUUACUUGACAGAACACAUGUCAUCCGAGACUCCCUGGGUUCCUUGUCCAAAAUAUCUUUCGGAAGCGUUGGAGCUCGGCGACUUCUACGACAUAUCCCUCUUUCCUCGCUUGAUGACGGAAAUGCUCUGGAAGCUAGCCCGAGUCGGAAAGUUCUUCGCCCUCAGCUCUUUCACCAUCGCUGUGCAGCUACACGAUCUGCACCUAGCAAAGUUUGCGGUGAAGAGAAUGGAAGGUCUUCCUCGCCCUUCACUCUUCCCAAAAGGGACAGCCGAGGCUAUGGGUGCUGGACCAUGGUGGUGUCUCGUAGCGGCUUACGAGCGGGCGAUCAUUGGAAACAGUUCGCAUCAUCCCGCUUACCAGAGCUAUCAAGCGGACGAGUGGACCGGUAGCGCAGCUCAAUGGAGGUCCAUGGCGGAAGCUUUCCGUUUCGAGUGAGACGGCAUGAAAAUCGGAGUCCACGUCCUUACGAGCGUCAAAGAUUAUCUUAGCUUUACAAUCCACGAGACUCGAUGGCUUAGACGGAGUCUGCUUCAUGUAUCGGGAGAAGUAAUUCUCGAAAUCCCGUAUGGCGAACAGUACGCAAUC